GGGGGUGAGGAAAUUUAAGGCGAAAUUGGGAAUCUGGGGAGGGAGCAACGCACACGCGGCCCGGGGGGAGUCUCCUGCUCUCCUUUGCCGUCACGUAGCGCCGUGACGCGGUGGCGAUGUCUUUGAUUAAGCGGUGUCACAGCAGGUGUGGAGACAAGGGAAGCGAACUCAGGCCGGGGGCUGCUCUAAUGAAGGCCUGGGCAGUAUCAGCCCUCUGUGGGGCAGCUUCGCGCUUCAUGACGUCAUCGCGCCGUUUCGUGACGUCACGGCGCCGCUCGCGGCCGCCUGUGCCGCCGCGCCGCACUCAACAUGGCGCCCACCACGCUCAGCACGGGGCCCGCGCCACACCCAAGAUGGCGGACGCGCCACACCCCCCCCCCACUUCCUUCCCGGUGAGGCGGCGGCACUUCCGGCCGGGCCGGGAUCACUUCCGGCGGGCCCGGCAUCACUUCCGGCCAUGGCGCCCAGCGUGGCGGAGCGGCUCCUGGAGCGGCUGGAGCAGGACGGCGGCUCCGGGGGGCUCUGCAGCGUCCAGGCCGCCGCCGAGCUCGGCGUGGACCACCAGACCCUCGUGGGGGCCGUGAAGAGCCUCCAGGCGCUGGGCGAGGUGAUCGAGGCGGAGGCGCGGACGGCGACGCGAUGGGAGCUGAGCCCCGAGGGCCAGGAGGUGCUGCGGGACGGCAGCCCCGAGGUUCGGCUGUUCCGGAGCCUUCCCGAGGAGGGGCUGCCCCAGGGCGAGGCCGUGAAGCUGCCCGGGGGAUCCUUGGGCUUCAGCAAGGCCAUGGCCAACAAGUGGGUGCGGCUGGAGAAGGGAGCGCCCGGCGGGCCCCGGGUGCUGCGAGCCGUGCCCUCGGUGCAGGACACGGUGCAGGAGCACCUGGGCCAGGUGAGGGCGGGGAGAGCCCAGGCCCUGCCCGAGCGCGAGCGCGCCGAGCUCAAGAGGAGGAAGCUGCUCCUGGAAGUGGUCCUGAAAUCCUUCUGGAUCCGCAAAGGCAGCGCCUUCAGCACGGCCGUGGCGCGGCCGGAGACGGAGCUGACCCCGGAGAUGAUCGCCACCGGCUCCUGGCGCCUCCUGCCCUUCAAGCCCUACAAUUUCUCCUCGCUGGGGUUGCCCCCGGCCUGCGGCCACCUGCACCCGCUGCUGAAGGUGCGCUCGGAGCUGCGGCAGAUCUUCCUGGAGAUGGGGUUCACGGAGAUGCGCACGGAUAACUUCGUGGAGAGCUCCUUCUGGAACUUCGACGCGCUCUUCCAGCCCCAGCAGCACCCGGCGCGGGACCAGCACGACACCUUCUUCCUGCUGGACCCCGCUGAAGCCCCCCAGUUGCCCCCUGGCUACUUCAGCAGGGUGAAGAAGGUGCACUCGCAGGGAGGCUACGGCUCACAGGGGUACAGGUACGAGUGGAAGGUGGAGGAGGCGCGGAAGAACCUGCUGAGGACCCACACCACGGCAGCCAGCGCCCGCGCCCUGUUCCAGCUGGCACGGCAGGAGAAGUUCACCCCGGUGAAAUAUUUCUCCAUCGACCGCGUGUUCCGCAACGAGAGCCUGGACGCCACGCACCUGGCCGAGUUCCACCAGGUGGAGGGCGUCGUGGCCGACCGGGGGCUCACCCUGGGCCACCUCAUGGGCAUCCUCAGGCAGUUCUUCACCAAGCUGGGGAUCUCUCAGCUGCGAUUCAAACCCGCCUACAACCCCUACACGGAGCCCAGCAUGGAGGUGUUCAGCUACCACGAGGGGCUGAAGAAAUGGGUGGAGGUGGGGAACUCGGGGGUCUUCCGCCCCGAGCUGCUGCUGCCCAUGGGGCUCCCCGAGAACAUCUCCGUCAUCGCCUGGGGGCUCUCGCUGGAGCGACCCACCAUGAUCAAAUACGGCAUCAACAACAUCCGGGAGCUCAUGGGGCACCGAGUCAACCUGCAGAUGGUCUACGACAGCCCCAUGUGCCGCCUGGACGUGUGACCCCCACCCCUCCUCUUCCUCCUCCUCCUCCUCCUCCCCGGGGGUCCCCUCAUUUUGGGGAGGGGUCUCAUCCCCGGGGGUCCCCAUCCCAAAUAAAGCGCUGUGCUCUGUG